CUCGAUCACAAGACGCCGUCAAUUGGGUUAAACUCGUUGAUAGAUAUUUGUCUUGUUAUAUAAAUGUCAGGUACAACGUCUGAAAUAAAGUUCGAAGGCAAACGCAUUGUUAUGAAUACAAAAAAAUAUUAUGCGAAUUAAGAUCCGUGAUAAGAAAAAUAAAACUAAGCACGCACACUGAAAUAUGCUUUAAUCUAAGAGUGAAUCAGCUUUGGGCAUCAGAAUCAGCAAAAUUAUACAUUUUGUAGAAAUGGUAUUCUUUGAAGUUCAAAAAUAAAGUUUAAAUUGAAAUAAUUAUUGACGUUAAAGUAUCAGUAAAAGAAGAAAACAUGGCGAAAACAUUUGGAUUGUUUCUGCUGUAUGUAUGUCUGUUGACUGUUCAAAUAACUAUAAACAAGGCGACCGCUCAACAGUUUGGCUCAACAACCAACCUCUGUGAAAAAAUUCUUACCGAUAAGAAUCUCAUUUCGCUAUUUGCCGAAACGAAGGAUGCAGCAAACCCGUGCGCAUGCGCAGAAUAUGAUAUGGCGCAGGACGCCAUGUUUAAAAAGGUCGGGAUUUGCUAUGAGGAAUUGCUGUUCAAUGAAGGCGUCAAGCAGAGAUGCUGUUACAGCGAAAAUGGCAAAUUGCUGACUGGAUACCGUGAUAAUCGGUUUGGUAUUCCUGGUGGAAUAGUAUAUUCAAUGAAUGAAAUCCACGACAGCUGUUGUAACAAUGACAACCAAUCAAGGUGCAAUGCAUUUUACGAAAUCACUCAAUCAGACAUUUGUCAGCGGCACCAGGAUCAACACUCAGCUUAUUCGUGGGGUGAUCCAGUUAUCGAAACCGUUAGCAAUACUUCAUAUUCUUUCAACGGACACGGAGAAUAUGUUUUCCUGAAAUCAAAUAAUAAAUUUGAAAUUCAGGCCCGUACCGAUUACCUGACACCCACUUCAAAUGAUUCGACACUUUUUACUGCUUUUGUGUUUACGAAUUACGAACAAAGCCAAGUGGAGUCGAUCCAUGUCAUAUUUAAUAGAACAACUAUGAAUCUGAACCUUUACGAUAACAACGGUAGCAUUGCCCCCAUCUGUAAACCUGGCCCACCGCCAAUUAUGACGAAGGCGUUCUUAGUCCUCUGCUUAAAACCGCCAUCUUCCUUGGGUUUCUUAAUUAUUCCGAAAGUUAGGCUAGCAAAUGUAAAUGCGUUUAUUACCCUCGACAACGGAUUUAUGAAUAUUAAAAUUACGUCGACGCAAAAACUUGCAAACAUGACUGGUUUGGCGGGAAAUGUACAUGGAGGAUUUUACGUCGUACCUAAUGACACGAAAUACUCCGUUAAUAGCAGCGAGUCUUUAAUGUUCGAAUACGGAGAGACAUGGUCUCUCAGGAACAAUCCAACUUCUUCCAAUUUCUGGUACAAUCUCACUGGAGGAGACUUCAGCUUUUACAACACAAAAUCGACUCCUCGUUUCCUUGAAAAUUUAUUGGACAAUUCCUAUGAGUUGUUUAAGUACUGCAAUAAGUCUAUGAUACUUGCGUUUGAAAAUACUUGCCGGAAUUCUUGGGAUAAUCAAACCAACAAGGAAUGCAUGCUCACCAUUGCAAGGACGUGCAAUACCACCAUUGGAAAAGCCAUUCAGGAGCAGGUUGAGAGACAACGAUACGAGCUCCAAAAAAAGUCAAACAAACAACCUACUUUUAUGGCAUCAAUGCCUAAUGAAACGACGCUGAUUUAUAAAGGAAACAGCUCAUGGACCCAAAAUUUAUUAGAUCAUGUACAAGACGAAAAUAAGGCAGGUCUACGAUUUGAAGUGAAACCGAACAUAACCGAAAUGGAAAUAGUUGGUGGCGUUUUUAACUGGACAGUAGGGACAGCGUUACGGUACAUGAACCUCAGUGACAAUCUUAUACUAUUCAUAGUGUAUGAUCAAUUCAACAUGUCGGAAAGCCAUAGUGUUCGUAUACGGUAUUGCGGUUGCGAAGAUCCAAGGGAAUGUGAAUUCCAGAACGAAGAUGAUGACAAUGCCGAAUGCAAAUGUCCGAAUCGUUUUGUGGAAGGAUUGUUUUGCGACAAAAAAAUAGACCCAUGUUCUAAAUACGUUUGCUACAAAAACGACACAUGCAACAAAACCUAUUCAGGGGAUGGGAGUCCAUGUGCUGUGUGUCCUCCCGGGUUUUAUGAAGAAAUUAUUGAUACGCGCCAAGAUUGUGUUGACCUGAACGAGUGCAACGAUAUCCGCACUCACAACUGCGCUCAACAGUGUAUUAACGACCAGGGAUCCUAUCACUGCGCAUGCAACCAUGGAUAUCAGUUGAAAGGCAAUUUCACGUGUUCAGACGUGGACGAGUGUGUGCUAGGCAACUAUUCCUGCCCUAAUCCUUAUGAGGAAUGCGUGAAUCUGCCGGGGACAUAUACAUGCGGGUGUGAGUCCGGAUACAGCAAGUUCAAUACGACUUCCUUCUGUGUGAAGCUAGUUGCGCCCGCUGUUGGAUCCCUGGUGGGAUCAGUACAAUCAACGGAGCAGUUCAGUGAGUGUUAUAAUAAACGGCCAGUAAAGAAACAAAAGAAGUUCUCAACAAAGUCAGAAGAACUUCAGUACUGGCAGAUACAAUAUUUCAAGGGGGAGGUGGAAAAACAGGAACGGGAGAAACAACUAUUUGAUAUAAAGAUACGCAUGGUGCUGGCAGAUGAAAAGAGACGUGACCAGAAAGUUGUUGAUGAUUUCAUCAAUGGCGCAUAUUUCGAGGACUAAUUAUCAUGGUGACAUUGAGUUUGUUGCCUCAGUGGAAACCAUUUUUACUAUAUGUAAAUUAGCAAAUGUAUCAACUAUUUGACUGAGAAUAAUAGUUUUAAAUUUGCUAUUUUGCUUUAUUAAAUACAAAAUGAUUAACAUUGAUUAUUUUAAAUGUUGUUCAUUAAUAAUUGUGUUUGAUGAUACCCAUUAUAAUUAAUGUCCUUACAUAAAUUCGACAAACAUUUUUUUUAAUAACACGAAAUAUCUGUUGACAAUGUAAUCACGUAUGUGUGUACCGCUUCCAUUGCCGUUCACUGAAAGAUUUAAUACUGCACCAAUAUUGUCUUGAUUUUCAUCAGAAUCAAUGUCAGGUUCGUUGAGUUCUAUACAAAUGUUGCAUAGUUU